AUGCUUCGCUCAGCCUUGCAGAAAGCGGCUGCCGCACAGGCACGCAACGCCUCAUCGGGUGGUGUCCCACCAGGACUUGCCAACAUGAAACCACAGUAUACUGGUAUCUUCAUCAACAACGAGUUCGUGUCCGCGAAAUCCGGCAAAACCUUUGAGACCAUCAAUCCAGCCAACGGAAAAGUGUUGGCGAACGUAGCCGAAGGAGAUAAGGCUGAUGUCGAUAUUGCCGUCAAAGCCGCCACAAAAGCGUUCCAAAUCGGAAGCGAAUGGAGACGAAUGGACGCGUCGCAACGUGGUGUCCUUCUCAAUCGACUCGCCGACUUAAUGGAGAGAGAUCGUGUCAUUUUGGCAUCCCUGGAGUCAUUGGAUAACGGAAAACCAUAUUCUGUCGCUUAUGGAGCUGAUUUGGCCCUCUCUAUUAAGACCCUUCGUUACUACGCCGGCUGGGCUGACAAGAAUCACGGAAAGACGAUUCCAAUCGAGGGAGACUACUUCACGUAUACCCGUCACGAGCCAGUCGGAGUGUGCGGACAGAUUAUUCCAUGGAAUUUCCCACUUCUGAUGCAGGCGUGGAAACUUGGACCCGCGUUGGCAAUGGGAAAUACAGUUGUGAUGAAGGUGGCCGAGCAGACGCCUCUCUCUGCACUUCAUGUCGCCGCGUUGACGAAAGAAGCCGGAUUCCCUGAUGGUGUUGUCAAUAUUAUUCCAGGAUACGGUCACACCGCGGGACAAGCAAUCUCAAGUCACAUGGACGUUGAUAAAGUCGCAUUCACCGGAUCGACAGAAGUCGGACGGCUCGUAAUGAAAGCGGCCGCCGAGUCGAAUGUCAAAAAAGUGACACUCGAAUUGGGAGGAAAGUCUCCGAAUAUCAUUUUCGCCGACGCGAAUCUCGACGAGGCUGUCCAGCAGGCGAAUCAUGGACUAUUCUUCAAUCAGGGACAAUGCUGUUGUGCUGGAUCGAGAACUUUUGUGGAGGGAAAAGUUUAUGACGAAUUUGUCGCCAGAUCGAAGGCGUUGGCGGAGAAGGCUGUGAUUGGAGAUCCAUUCGAUUUGAAGACGACACAAGGACCACAAGUUGAUGGAAAACAGGUUGAAACCAUCCUGAAGUACAUCGCCGCCGGAAAGAAAGACGGUGCCCAACUGGUGACUGGAGGUGUGAAACACGGCGACCAAGGACACUUUGUGAAGCCGACGAUCUUCGCCAACGUCAAAGAUCAGAUGACGAUCGCCCAGGAGGAGAUCUUCGGUCCCGUCAUGAGUAUCAUUCGAUUCGAUUCGAUGGAGGAGUUGGUUGAGAAGGCGAACAACACGAUCUAUGGAUUGGCUGCUGGUGUCAUGACGAAGGAUAUCGAUAAGGCUCUUCAUAUUGCGAAUACGACACGCGCCGGAUCGGUUUGGGUCAAUUGUUAUGAUGUGUUUGAUGCCGCCGCACCGUUCGGUGGAUUCAAGCAGUCUGGAAUCGGUCGUGAACUCGGAGAAUACGGACUCGAGGCGUACACCGAAGUGAAGACGGUCACCAUCAAGGUUCCACAGAAGAACUCUUAA